UAAUAGUUCAACUGGAAGAGUCCCUGGGCCACUACAGCCCUGAAUUUGCUCCUUGGGUAUAGCUGGGUAGAGCUCUGACCACAGAGUCUGUCAGUGAGCCAGGCAACCAAAAGGCUGCCUGAGAUGAGACUCAUUGUUUCAUGGACAUGCGGUUUCUUUAGGAUUUAACUAUAUCCACCAAGGAUUAUUUCUGCUGUAAGGGCUUCCUCCAAAAGGGUGACCAUCGGGAUUUAAAGAACUAUGCUCUAAAGCAUUGCCAAGGAUGGGAGUAGUGAGCAGCAAAAAACUGGCUAAAGAGAAAGGAAAGAAUUGGUGGAAUUUUGAGAAAGAGCCCCCGAUCGCCUUCCCAAAUAAGCCUCCUCCACCUCUGCCUCCAUUGGUUGUCUUCAAUCACCUUACUACACCAACCCCUGUUCUAAGUCCUGUUCCAGAAGACCACUAUGUGGUUGCCUUGUGGGAUUAUGAAGCCGAGAAUGAUCGGGACCUGAAGAUGGUGAGGGGAGAGAAGCUGCAAAUCUUGAUGAAAACUGGAGAUUGGUGGUUGGCCAAAUCACUUGUCACUGGAAGGGAAGGCUAUGUCCCUAGCAACUUUGUUGCUCCAGUAGAGACUUUGGAAAUUGAAAAGUGGUUCUGCAAAACAAUUAGCCGGAGAGAUGCUGAGAGGAAACUCUUGGCCCCUGUCAACAAGGCUGGUGCCUUCCUUAUUAGAGAGAGUGAAACAAACAAAGGUGCCUUUUCCCUGUCUGUGAAGGAUACUACCUCUGCUGGGGAUGUGAUCAAACAUUAUAAGAUCCGGUCCCUAGAUGAAGGAGGGUAUUAUAUCUCUCCCAGGAUUACCUUCUCAUCGCUACAAGCUUUGGUCCAACAUUAUUCUAAGAGAGGGGACGGUUUAUGCCAGAAGCUGACUAUGCCCUGUGUGAUUCUGGAUCCUCAGACACACUGGGCCCAGGAUGAAUGGGAAGUGCCCCGGCAAUCACUGAAACUGGUGAGGAAACUUGGUUCUGGACAGUUUGGAGAAGUCUGGAUGGGUUAUUAUAAAAAUAACAUAAAGGUGGCCAUCAAGACCCUGAAGGAGGGCAGCAUGUCUCCCGAGGCCUUCCUUGCCGAGGCCAAUCUGAUGAAAACCCUCCAGCAUGACAAACUGGUCCGUCUCUAUGCAGUGGUAACCCAGGAACCCAUCUAUAUUGUCACAGAAUACAUGGCCAAAGGGUGCUUAUUGGAUUUCCUAAAGACGGAAGAAGGUGGCAAGCUGCAGUUAUCAAGACUGAUUGACAUAAUGGCCCAGAUUGCAGAAGGGAUGGCCUACAUUGAGCAAAGGAAUUCAAUUCAUCGAGACUUGAGGGCAGCCAACAUCCUGGUGUCUGAGAAUCUGUGCUGCAAGAUUGCUGACUUUGGCUUGGCCAGGAUUGUAGAUAAUGAAUACACAGCCCACGAAGGUGCCAAGUUCCCCAUCAAGUGGACAGCCCCAGAAGCCAUUAGUUUUGGAGUGUUCUCCAUCAAAUCUGAUGUUUGGUCCUUCGGAGUUCUCCUGAUGGAAAUUGUUACCUAUGGACGGAUUCCUUACCCAGGCAUGACCAACCCAGAGGUCAUUCGGAAUCUGGAACGAGGUUAUCGAAUGCCUUGCCCUGAAAUGUGCCCAGGUGAGCUCUACAGCAUCAUCAGUAAGUGUUGGCGAAGCAGGCCGGAGGAGCGGCCCACCUUUGAAUACUUACAGUCUGUACUUGAGGACUUCUACACAGCCACGGAGCAACAGUAUGAACUACAGCCCUAGGACAUGGCAGUGCCCUCCCCCUCAGUUCUACCCUUUUAGCAGAGCUGAAGAGGUUCCUCAGCUGAAUCCCUAGCACUUCCCCUGAUAGCCUCCUAAAACCUACAUAAUUCCUGUCCUCUUGACCCACAGGAUAGAGGGACAAGGAUCAAAAUAUUUACAGGGAAAUUGUUUCUCAGAUGAAUAACUUUGCCCAACAGGAGGUAAGUGAAAGAAGAUGCUGACCUAAAUGGUAGUUACCAAGCCUAAACCAAGGCCUCACUAUUAUGAAGUCACCACUGAAAGAGGACUUACCACUUCCAAGGCCCUGAUAGCUGACUGCCCAUCUGGUGCUGUCUGUAUUGCCCUGGAAAGAACCCAGGCAGAACUGAGAUUCUCUGGGCUUUCAUAUCAGUAGUCCACAAUCUGGUUUGACCUUGACCUCAAGUACUUUGGAAUAUCUUGUCCAACAGAUACCAUUUCUUCAUAGUUGUAAUGUGAUAUUUUUUAAAAAUUGUAAUAUAUGUUACCUUUUUAUAUUCUGUAAUAUAUGAGAAAAUAAAAGGAGAAUACAGAUUUGAAUCUUGUGAACUGGUUUGUUUUCCAUAAUUGGAAACCCAAAGACAGCAUAGUAUUAUAGUGGAAGGAUCAAGGACUAAAAGGCAUCUAAGAGGCCCAGGUUCAAAUCUUGUCUGCCAUUUACUCCUUUCUUAAGAAAAUCACUUUCCUUUUCUGGGCCUGUUUACUUUACUGAAAAAAGAAGGAGCCAGAUAUGAUGUUGUCUUAGGUUUUUUUCUGUCCAAAAAACCUGUGAUUAUAUGAAAUGGAUUAUUUUUCAAUCAAAUUCCUUGAACGCAAAGGUUAUACCUUAUUUAUCUUUGUAU